AUGUCAAACGGUAACGGAGAUCAUGAAGAAGAAGGUUAUGUGGUAAAGUUGAGGGGUUUGCCAUGGUCUACUACGGUGGACGAAAUCAUGAAAUUUUUUAGUGAUUGCCGUAUUUGCCAUGGAAAAGCCGGAAUUCAUAUGACUAUGUCACGAGAGGGUCGUCCUAGCGGAGAAGCUUAUAUUGAAAUGGAAACCGAAGAGGAUAUUGAAAAAGCUUGCAAACGUGACAGAGAUCAUAUGGGACAUCGUUACAUUGAAGUUUUCAAAGCGAGAAGAAGUGAAAUGGAAUGGGUUGUAAAAAGAAGUGGUCUCAAUCUAGAAAAUGCAAUGGAUGAUGGAUGUGUUAGACUAAGAGGCUUACCUUUUGGUUGUUCUAAAGAAGAAAUAGCACAAUUUUUCUCAGGGUUGGAGAUAUUGCCGAACGGGAUUUCGCUACCAACAGACAGCUACACGGGCCGCAGUACUGGGGAGGCUUACGUUCAAUUUGUUAACAAAGAUGUCGCGGAGCGCGCCCUUCAGAAACACAAGGAAAAGAUAGGACACAGAUAUAUCGAAAUAUUUCGGAGCAGUUUAUCCGAAGUUCGUGCAAGUAUUGGCCCAAAAAUGCGAGGUGGUCCUAUGGGCGGUGGAUUCAAUCAACGACCCGCACCUUAUGAUCAAAGAGAUCGAUUUGGUGGCAUGAAUCGUUUCAAUAGCAACAAUAGAAAUGCUCGGAAUAGAGAUUUUGAUGGUGGUCCAUGGGGUAAUUCAAAUAACUUUGGAUCUCGAGGAGGUGGCAUGGGAAUGAGAAAUAAUAUGGAUAUGAAAGGUGGCAAUUAUCGAGGAAAUAAUGAUAAUUGGGGAGGAAAUUCCGGAAUACAUUGCGUUCACAUGAGAGGAUUGCCUUUCAGAGCUACUGAACAAGAUAUUGCAGACUUUUUUAGACCAUUGAUACCUGUGAAUAUUAGAAUAAUCCUUGAAAAUAAUGGAAGAGCAUCAGGUGAAGCUGAUGUAGAAUUUGCAACUCAUGAAGAUGCUGUUAAAGCCAUGUCCAAGGAUAAAAGUCAUAUGUCUCAUAGAUACAUUGAAUUGUUUUUAAAUUCAUCAAUCGGAUCAGGAGGAAUGUCGUUAGGUGGAAUCGGCAAUUUUUGUGGAGGAUUAGGAAACAAUUUCAGGCCAGGAUAUUCUCCAAACAAUCGUGGUUACAAUAGUCAACUUGGUGGAAAUAAUUACAACAGUUUCUGAGACAGGUCUCACGGUUUUCACCAAGACAAUCACUGAUAAAUUAAUAUUAAGAGAAAUUUUCUAAUAUAACAUUUCUUGUUGACAAAUUGAUUUAUUUCUUGGUUUAGAAGUUAAAAAACAAAAAUAAUCAUUUCAAGGUAUUCAUUUUCAUUUAUAACAAAUACUAAUGUAGUAUAAUAAUAAUGAGAAGAUAAAAUGAUCUUCUAAUUGUAAGAAUUAUACACUGUAAUUCAAAACGUAUAUAAAGUAUACGAAAACAUCACAAUACUAUGACAUAAAAAAAAUGUUAAAAUACUAAAAAUAAUGAAAAAUAGAACGUAUCAUUAAUAACUACAAUACUUAUAUCAAAAUAUUCUCAGGCUUAAGUAAUGAAACUUUUAAUUGGUAGUUUUAUUGAAUACGUAAAAUCAGUAAAGAACAAUUGAAAGAUUGCUUUUUGUAAAAUCUAUCAUGAUAUAAUAAUUAAAUGAAAUUUUAAUUGCUAAAAUAAAGUAGUAAAUAUCAUGAAAUAUAAAUAACAACAGUCAUGAAAACUUAAAUGCCAAAGUUUUCAAAAUAUCAUUCUAGUUUUUAUUAAAAAAACUGUGUUUCUCAAAGGCGUUGAGUGCCAAGUGCGCAAUCAAUAAAUUUUAAAUAUAUUUUGUACAAUAAAAAAAUAAAAUUUGACAAAAUAGUUAUUGAA